AUCUUGUCGGCGGUUGGCGGAGCUCGACUGCGUUCAACCUGGAAGGCUUCAGCCCGCCUUACUCGAGCGGCCUUGUCGCCCGCUCCCUCGGUGUCAGCGACUUGUUUUUCGCUGGUGCCGCUAUGGCCAAUAACUGUCCUCUCGUGGGCCCCGGCAACUGCCAUCAGCCGCCGCAGCACCAGUCGCCACAGCAGCAGCACCAGGGGGUCCUGCAGCAGCAGCAGAAUCCGCAGGCCGGCACCGUUUUGUCGCCUCCGUUACCGCUCCAGAGCGCGGGCCCCAAGCCGGCCGCCUCGGGCAAGCAAGGCAACGCUCUGCCUCUGUGGGGAAACGAAAAGACCAUGAACCUAAACCCCAUGAUCCUCACCAACAUCCUCUCGUCCCCUUACUUCAAGGUGCAGCUUUACGAGCUGAAGACCUACCACGAGGUGGUCGACGAGAUCUAUUUCAAGGUUACCCAUGUUGAACCUUGGGAGAAGGGAAGCAGAAAAACUGCAGGUCAAACAGGGAUGUGCGGAGGGGUGCGAGGAGUUGGAACUGGAGGUAUAGUGUCUACAGCCUUUUGCCUCUUGUACAAGUUAUUUACCCUGAAGCUUACCCGUAAGCAAGUGAUGGGACUAAUAACUCAUACAGACUCCCCAUAUAUUAGGGCUCUUGGAUUCAUGUAUAUUAGGUACACACAACCUCCAAAAGAUUUAUGGGACUGGUUUGAAUCCUUUCUCGAUGAUGAGGAGGACCUUGAUGUGAAAGCAGGUGGUGGCUGCAUGAUGACCAUUGGAGAAAUGCUGCGCUCUUUUCUUACUAAGCUUGAAUGGUUUUCUACGUUAUUUCCGAGGAUUCCUGUACCGGUGCAAAAGAACAUUGAUCAACAAAUUAAAGCCAGACCUAGAAAAAUCAAGAAAGAUGGCAAAGAGGGAGUAGAAGAAGUAGACAGGCAUGCAGAGCGUAGACGUUCAAGAUCUCCAAGAAGGUCCUUGAGUCCCAGGAGGUCACCUAGAAGAUCAAGAAGCAGAAGUCAUCAUCGGGAAGGACGUGGUUCAUCCAGUUUUGAUAGAGAAUUGGAAAGGGAAAGGGAGCGACAAAGAUUAGAGCGUGAAGCUAAGGAGAGAGAGAGGGAGAGGCGACGGUCUCGAAGUUCUGAUCGAGCACUGGAACGUAGGCGAAGCCGGGAAAGGCACAGAAGCCGAAGCCGUGAUCGAAAAGGAGACCGGAGGGAGAGGGAGAAAGAAAAUGAAAGAAAUAAAAGAAAGGAGCGUGACCACGACAAAGAAAGAGGUGUUGAAAGAGAACGAGAUCGCUCUAGGGAGAGAGAUCAUUCUAGAGAAAAAUCAAAAGACAGAAAAAGUAAAAGUGAAGUAGAUGAAAAGAGGCACAAAGAUGAAAAGGAUGAAAGGAAGCAUAAAGAUGAAAAAAGAGAUGCCAAAAAAGAGAGGAGGCAUAGCAGGAGUCGAAGUAGGGAUCGGAAGCAUAGGAGUAGAAGUAUAAGUAGGAAUGCUAGCAAGCAUAGUAGAAGCAGGAGUAAAGACAAGUCAAGUAAACACAAAAGUGGAAGCAAAGAGAAAUCAAAUAAGCAGAGCAGAAGCAGAAGCAGAGGAAGAACUGAUAGCAGUGAAAAGUCUCGAAAACGAGACCUGAGUCCUAGUAAAGAAAGAUCACGAAAACGUAGUAAAAGCAAAGAACGUUCCCACAAACAUGACCACAGUGAUAAGGACCACUCAGAUAAACAUGAUCAUCAGAGGAGCCAAAGUACAGAACAAGAGAAUCAAGAAAAACAAUCUAAAAACAAAGACGAGACUGUAUAAAUAUUCUGAAGUGGAUCACAUUGAAUCCUAUAAAUGUUUUGAAAUCUUGCUUAUUUUUUCUUAAAAUUGAGAUUGUGCAGUAGUUGAUGAGCACUCUUCUUCAACCUCCCUCUAGGCUGCAGAUUGUCAUUUCCUAUUUUGAGUAGGGAAGUGCCUUUGUAAUCCCAUUAAAAGCGUUGACUAUUCCAGCCCAUUUGUUUAGUUAAUUUCAUGAUGCAAAUCUGUUUGUGCAUUUUUUUUAAAAAUGUUCAACUGUUUCUGAAAUGUACAAUCUGUACAUAUGUCCUGAAACUGUUCUAAUUCCUUUGGCAUGGUUGCCAUGUUGGUUAAAUUUGUAUACGGCAAUAAAACUGCCACUAAUUCUACUUUGUUUUAUAGAUGUGGAAUUAUGGUUUCUAUCUUUGCAUUAGCAUGGCUGUGCUUUGCAUAAUAGUAUGGCAGAAGCUUUUAAGGAUGGGUCUUGAACAUGUAUUAUAUCUAAAAUAUUUAUGUGCAUUCAACAUCCAUGAAGGUCGCAGUUCUAGAACUGUUGUCUUGGGAACGCAUUUAAAACACAUUUUAAUUGUGAAACUCAAGAAUGUGUUAUAAUUAGAUUAGACUAUUCAAAGGAGGUAGCAAUUUAAGGCAGGGAUAUAGAUUUGGCUGAGAUUUAUGUAGUAGUCAAUGCUACCUCACAGGGACAUUUAAGAUUGAUAUACCUAUGUACCAUAUCUACAUAUACUUUCUGGCUAGUGUUUAUUGUUCAUGUAAAGAUUCUUUCAAUACAAAUUAUCUUAAGUUUUUCAUUUGUCAUGUUAUGCCCUUGCCCUGUUAUUCAUGAAACAACUUUAGGCUAACAAAGGUGAAAGAGACUGUAUUGGGGGAGGCAGGAUGGCAAUAAGGUCAAAUAGACUUAAGUUUCAGACUGUCAGAUCAUUUUUUUUAUAAAUGAGACAUUUAAAAUAAAACAUCUUCAUAGUGUUCCUUUCUUAAUGCAUAAUGUUUUUUUAAAUCAAAGAUUUGUGAUCACUGCUUGAGCUGAAGAAUUUUUCUCUAACAACGGGAGCAAAAUUUUAAAACAUUUUAUUACCUGUGAGAUAAUGUCAAAAUGCCGAACUGAAAGAUAAAUCAUAUCACAAAAGUUCGUAUCUGUUUGGUAGAUUUGUUCUAGUGGCCUGUAUAAGAAAUAUCUGGAAUAAAGACUGGAUUAAUUUA